AAAGAGAAUGUGAGUUUCCGUAAAGCAACGUCGUUUUGAGCAAUCAAAAAUCUUGCACACUUCUCUCUAAAAUCAAUCGAACGCCCGUCGCCGGUCGAUGGUGGGGACGAUGAUUCGCAUCGCGACUCAUGCUAAAGCUCAAGCAAGGUACGCUUUUUCUCCACUCUCGAUCCUCCCUACCAACUUUGUAUUCCAAAACCCUAAUUUGAUACUCUCUCGACGGUUCUGCUCUGAACACCCUGGUUUAAACAACGAGGUUGAGACAGUUUUUCGCAUAAUCACGAGCUCGUCGUCCGCUCGCAACUUGAAACAAUCAUUGAAAGAGAGUAGGGUUUUUCUCUCGAAUGAUUUGAUCGAUAGGGUUUUGAAAAGGGUCAGAUUUAGCCAUGGAAACCCCUUACAAGCCUUGGAGUUCUUCAUUUACACUGGCAGAAGAAGAGGGUUUUAUCACACCCCCUUCUCUUUGGACACUAUGUUAUAUAUACUAGGUAGAAGCAGAAAAUUUGAUUUGAUUUGGAAAGUUUUGCAUGACAUCCGCAGAAAGGAUCAAUCUUUGAUAUCACCUAAAACUGUUCAGGUGGUUUUGGGUAGAGUUGCUAAAGUUUGUUCUGUUCGGCAGACUGUGGAGUCUUUUAGGGGGUUCCGGAAGAUUGUGCCGGAGUUCGAUACAACCUGUUUCAAUGCCUUGUUGAGGACUUUGUGUCAAGAGAAAAGUAUGACAGAUGCGAGGAAUGUGUAUCAUAGUUUAAAACACAAGUUCCGACCCACUUUACAGACUUUUAAUAUACUAUUGUCGGGGUGGAAAUCGUCGGAGGAAGCCGAAGGGUUCUUUGAGGAGAUGAGGGAAAUGGGUGUGAAACCAGAUCUUGUGUCGUACAAUUGUUUGAUUGAUGUUUAUUGUAAGAGUCGGGAAAUGGAGAAAGCAUGUAGAAUUGUUGAGAAAAUGCGAGGAGAGGAUAUUUCCUUGGAUGUGAUAUCUUAUACGAGUAUAAUUGGAGGAUUAGGUUUGAUUGGUCAGCCCGAUAAAGCUAGGGAUGUUUUGAAGGAGAUGAAAGAGUAUGGUUGCUACCCUGAUGUUGCAGCUUACAAUGCCGUUAUCAGGAACUUCUGCAUUGCGAAAAGGCUUGGUGAUGCUUAUAGUGUGAUGGAUGAUAUGGUGGGUAAGGAUUUGAAUCCAAAUGCAACUACAUACAACUUGUUCUUUAGGUAUUAUUAUUGGUCAAAUGACUUGAGAAGUUCAUGGAGUUUGUAUUGCAGGAUGAGGAGUACUGGGUGCUUGCCGAACACACAGUCAUGCAUGUUCCUCAUCCGAUUGUUCAGGAGGCAAGAGAAGGUGGAGAUGGCACUUGAACUUUGGAAUGACAUGGUUGAGAAGGGUUUUGGAUCUUAUAUUUUGGUAUCCGAUGUGUUGUUUGAUUUGCUUUGUGAUGUGGGAAGGUUGGUGGAAGCAGAGAAGUGUUUUUGGCAAAUGGUAGAGAAGGGGCAUAAACCUAGCAAUGUUUCUUUCAAGAGAAUCAAGGUGCUUAUGGAAUUGGCAAACAGGCAUGAGGCCCUUCAAAAUUUGGCCGAGAAGAUGGAAAGUUUUGGGCCACAUAACCAAGUUUGUGACAAGGAAGAGAGCCUAAUGGAUAUGUCACAAUUAAACUCCCUCCCAUGUUGAAUCAAAUGGUUGCAACACCUCACUGCAUGUAAAGAAGUUAAGAGCUAUGUCAGAAGGAGGUCCUGUAGAUCAUUUGAGAGCCAAGCAGAAUUUUGCCAUGUGAUGGCGCGGGUUGAAAAUGAGGCACUUGGGGACAUGGUUAUCUCAAUGUAUCUUGGUCUCUAGCAGUGGCACCAAGAUGACUGUUUCAUCAAGCAUGUGUAACUUUCAUGUUAGAAUCUUUUAAGAUAUAUAUAAAAUCAAUUUUUUUCCCAA